AUGCUCCCAAAAGCGAUGCAGGCUGCUUUGAAAGCAAUGGAGACCCGCCUUGAAGCCCGCUUUGAUGCCCGUUUUGAAGCCCUAGAGGCUAUUGUUGGACAUAGCAACGAAUUGAAUUGGCGUGCGCAUGACAAGCUUACCGCAACGCUUGAUAUGCUUGUGAAACGCGUGAACUACAUUGCUGCGGAGCACAGUGUGCUCCUCGGCAAAGUCGAGCAACUUGGCGCUGCUGUCCUCGACAGCCAGCGUUUAAUCCAUGCAUGCUCGAUGGGAGCUGUGGGGAGUUUGCUACUGUGUUCACAAAAGAGCCUGGCCCAUUUCCUUCAACGCUUUAAGUCAGAAAAAGAAUGUCUUCAGAAAACGGUACGCUUGUGUUCAAAUUCAUUUCUAACCGGUUACUUACAGGUCGAUGGCUUGUUGAAGAUAGGCGGACGUAAUGUAAAGGACAUUAUAAGUCACUUUAAGUCACUUUAUUAA